UCGCUAUCCGCGGGCGGGUCGGUAGCCCGGGCGAGCCAGAGCUGAUACUAGAAGCACGGCCGGCCCUGCCGGCACCUAGCGCUGCUGUUCUUGCUGGGCCGGGCGGCAGGCCAUGUUCUGGGCUGCGGCCGCUGCGCAUACCCAGGCCUGGCGAUGAGGAGCGGCGCCGAGCGCAGGGGCAGCAGCGCUGCGGCGCCCCCCGGCUCGCCGCCUCCCGGUCGCCCGCGCCCCGCGGGCUCCGAUGCUCCCCCUGCCCUGCCGCCGGCCGCUGCCAGCCAGCCCCGGGCCCGGGACGCCGGGGAUGCCCGCGCGCAGCCGCGCCCCCUGUUUCAGUGGAGCAAGUGGAAGAAGAGGAUGUCUAUGUCGUCCAUAUCGGCAGCCAGCGCGCGGAGGCCGGUGUUUGACGACAAGGAGGACGUGAACUUCGACCACUUCCAGAUUCUGCGAGCAAUUGGGAAGGGCAGCUUUGGCAAGGUUUGCAUCGUGCAGAAGCGGGACACGGAGAAGAUGUACGCCAUGAAGUACAUGAACAAGCAGCAAUGCAUCGAACGCGAUGAGGUCCGCAACGUCUUCCGGGAGCUGGAGAUCCUGCAGGAGAUCGAGCAUGUCUUCCUGGUGAACCUCUGGUACUCAUUCCAAGAUGAGGAGGACAUGUUCAUGGUGGUGGAUCUACUUCUGGGUGGAGACCUGCGCUACCACCUACAGCAGAAUGUCCAGUUCUCAGAGGACACCGUGAGGCUGUACAUCUGUGAGAUGGCCCUGGCCCUGGACUACCUGCGGAGCCAGCACAUCAUCCACAGAGAUGUCAAGCCUGACAACAUUCUCCUGGAUGAACAAGGACAUGCGCACCUGACUGACUUCAACAUCGCCACCAUCAUAAAGGACGGGGAGAGGGCGACAGCUUUAGCUGGGACCAAACCAUACAUGGCUCCAGAGAUCUUUCACUCUUUUGUCAAUGGUGGGACUGGCUACUCCUUCGAGGUGGACUGGUGGUCGGUGGGGGUGAUGGCCUACGAGCUGCUACGAGGAUGGAGGCCCUACGAUAUCCACUCGAGCAACGCUGUGGAAUCACUUGUCCAGCUGUUCAGCACUGUGAGCGUCCAGUAUGUGCCCACCUGGUCCAAGGAGAUGGUAGCCCUACUGCGGAAGCUCCUCACCGUGAACCCGGAGCACCGGUUCUCCAGUCUCCAAGACAUGCAGACAGCCCCAUCGCUGGCCCAUGUGCUGUGGGAUGACCUGAGUGAAAAGAAGGUGGAGCCAGGCUUUGUGCCCAAUAAAGGCCGCCUGCACUGUGACCCCACCUUUGAGCUGGAGGAGAUGAUCCUGGAGUCAAGGCCUCUCCAUAAGAAGAAAAAGCGACUGGCCAAGAACAAGUCUCGGGACAGCAGCAGGGACAGCUCCCAGUCGGAGAAUGACUACCUUCAAGACUGCCUGGAUGCCAUCCAGCAAGACUUCGUGAUUUUUAACAGGGAAAAGUUGAAGAGGAGCCAGGAACUCAUGAAUGAGCCUCUCCCGGGCCCUGAGACUUCAGAUAUGACAGAUUCCACUGCAGACAACGAGGCAGAGCACACAGCCCUGCCCAUGUGUGGCUCCCUCUGCCCCUCAUCUGGGAGCAGCUAGGCCAUCUGGACUGUGUCCGAGGGCAGUUCUCUCUCAGGCUGCUUUGAAGACUCAGGACGGCCAGAAGGAGGCAGCAGUGGGGCAAAGGCCUGACCGCCCAGCCUGCCCGAGUCAGUAUGGCGAAGCUGCUGGGAGCCAUGGGUGCCUGUCCAGACUGGUGAUUGGGCAAGGAGGGCCCUCGGUACCUAGACCGUGGUGACUUGCAACAUAGAGGGAAUCAUGCAGCCAUCACAAUGGCUGGCACCUCUAACUGUAGGCUGGCAGAUUACAGGUGGCCAGAGUGGCACAGUGGGGCAGGAGCCCUUGCCUUUCUGGACCCUUCUGAAAUUGGCUGUACAUAGCCUCGUGGCCAGUCUUUGCUGUGGCCUGGCCAAAAUGUCCUUGAGCUUUCCACUCAAGGCUGUAGGGGUGGGAACAGGCCUUGCUGAUUCUGAUAUGUUAUUGAGGGUUGGGGUUGGGGGAGGGAGUGG